AUGACUUCCUCGCCGCCAUCCGCGCAGCCCAUCUUCCUCCGGCAAGUUGUCAAUGCGACCGAUGAAGAGCUCACUCAAUUGAUUCUACAUCACCCGUGGUACAUCAAGCCCAAGAAUGACUGGUCUAAACCCCCAUACUUCGAGCUCGAGCCGGGGGAAAAUCACCCAAGCCCCGAAGAAGAGGAAAAUCUCCGCGAGAGAUUCCGGCGAUUAAGGACGGAGGCGCUGGCGCCGCCUUACCCCAUCACCGAAGAACGCCUCGAGCUCGCCGCCCGCUGUCGCAGGGUGCCCAACAGCAUUCCUCCUGGGCCUCGUGUCCCUCGCCAGCGUUCCCCGCCAUUCAUUGGACCUGACAGACACCCUGGUUAUUUUUCAAGAAGGAGGGAAAAGGAGGCCUACAUGCUCCUGCUUGACCUUGGCGGUCGGCCCGUAUAUCCUCUCGAUCGUUUAUUCAACGAUGACACCGACUACGGCUAUUUGGAUCGUCGGAACCCUACUGGGGAAAGCCUACAACCGUGGAAGCACUUUCAUGAACACUCAGUGCCAAGACCCUACGGUCGGAAAUGGUGGGAGUCUUCUAUCUUGCAAUUGAAGAACUGGGAGCGGUUCCGCACAUGGCAGCGCGACCACCGCGGCCCAAACGACCAGGAUAACUUUCAGGCCUUUGUCCAGGAGCAGUACCGCGACUGGGAGAUACUGCGCGGCGAUGCUGAUUACUCGACUUGGUGUUUGGAAACCGAGGAGCAGCCGACGCGUCUAUGGAGCGCCUGGGAGAAGAGACAGCACGACCGGGAGACACACCGGGAACAGGGCUGCGGGAGCUUCACGGAUUAUUCCGAGGCAGCGCGGCGCCGUCUGGAGAAGAACGGAUUUCGCCAUCCCUUCCGGCUUCACCCAGAUCCCAUGCAGCAAGACCCUCUGACCACCUGGAUUGAAUACCUCGCCUAUGAGUACUGGUGGCUGGAUCAUUACACCGAGGCGCUUGACGGCACGCAGGAAAAAUUACGGGAGUUAUGGGAAAGGGUUGAUUCCCAUGAGCUGUUCAAGAGUGACGAAGCACUCGUAGAAGAGCAACCAUUCAAAUACGUGUAUGCGCACGAUCCGCGACAUCCUGUGUUUACUUACUCGCCUGUGCUGUACUUCAAAACGGAGUUGUCACCAUCUAAAGUGGAGGAUGAUGUUCACCGGGCAGAGGAGGUAUACAAAGACACCAAAUCAUUUUUGGACAUCGCAAAAGAGCAGGUCAAGCGGGAACAAGGGAAGAAGGAAGCUGCCAUUUACAGGAAACCCCCCGCCGCCCUCAGGCUGGACCAGUUGCGCAGGGAUUGCGCCCAGGCCAAAAAAGAGGCUGAAGAAGAGCUCAAGUGUUUUCACUUUCGGAGGAAGUAUUACCCGGUUCUGAAGGACUUGAGCACCAAGACGGUCGAGCAGGUCAAAUCGAGGCAUUGGCAGCGGCAGAUCGUGGACUGGGCCAUGGAUGAGCUUCGCCUGGUCGAGGAGGAAGUCCAGAAGCUGCCCGGGUCGUCUGAUAUUCCCAUGAUUGCUGCCAAGCGCGCGUGUAAGAGGGCGCGAGUCACAACCGCCCAGCCAGACAUUCGCCUUAUACCGGCGCGCCCUGAUGGAUCAAAGCCCGCCAGGUCCCUGGGCGACAGGGGGCGCAAGCGGCGAAGACUGACCCUCGACGAGUACCCUUUCCCGGCGGGAGAUCGGUCGAUGUCAUCGGCCUCGUCAAUAGCUGGUAGACUCGAGUGGGUUUCAGAGAAUGAACAUGACGUUUCGCCGGCACCGGCCGAUGGCGGUAGCAACGACGAACAAGAGGGAGAGGAUGAGAGACCGAUCGUCACAGGCGAGAGCAGUGGACAAGACAGGCAAGCCUCGGCGGAGCCGGUUGACGACGGCAGUAGCAAUGUCCAACAGGAAGUGGAUGAGGGCAGGCAGAGUGCCACGGGCGAGAGCAGUGGGCAAGGCCUCGCAGCCGAGACGUCGAGUCCAUCCCCGACAUCACGCCCCGAGCAUCAAGCGACGCUUGCUCCUAUACAGCCAGAUGCCGACAAGGACGACCCGACAGGCCGAGAAUCUACACCACCAGUGUCAGGCAAUGGGGAUGGACAACACCUCCCGCAGGGAGCAGGAAGCGAGCAGCUGGCCAUCACGGACAAGGUGCCAGCUCCGCCGGAAUCUCAGCCACCACGGCGCAGCGCGCGCAUCAUGGCGAAACAGGCUGAACAAGCCACUGCUCCGACGGACGAGCCUCAAGCUCAGCUCAAGGGGAAAGGGAAGGCCAAGCGCGCAUUAUCAGCGCCCGCAGCACUGGAUGCCGACGAACCUCGGCCAAAGCGGCGGAGAAAGCAUACCGCCAAGCAGGCGAACACAUCUCACGGUUCAGCAGCGGGACAGGGCACCUCGUCGAGCGAUGGCCCCGGGCAACAAGUGCCGCAAGAGGAGGAUACCAUUCAGGAUUGCAUCACAGUCUCGUCGUCAAGCCUCGCCACGGGACCUCCCGCCACUCGCGGGUCUCAGCGAGCAAAGCCCAGGAAGCGUGCCACUCCGCGGGCCAGUCGCAGCAAGCGCAAGGCCUAG